CACGAUUGAAACGGCACUGCCAACCUUCCCACGACAAACUGUCAGCGAGAUAGCAUGCCGUCUGUGGAGAUUCUUUCUUUUCGCUAAAGUGCGUUCGCGAAGACGUGUUGAAACUUCAACAAUAGUCUGCUAAAAAAGGUGUAAACAAGAUGUCCACCGCUACCAUCCGUACCCGUCGUUUCAUGACGAACCGUUUGCUGUGCAGAAAGCAGAUGAUCUGCGAUGUCUUGCAUCCCGGACUGGCUUCGGUGCCCAAGAAGGAAAUCCGCGAGAAGGUUGCCGCCAUGUACAAAACCACCCCGGACGUAGUGUUUGUGUUCGGCUUCAAGACCAACUUCGGAGGUGGCAAAUCGACCGGCUUCGCGCUCAUCUACGACACCCUGGACUUCGCCAAGAAGUUCGAACCAAAGCACCGAUUGGGUCGCCAUGGACUGUACGAGAAGAAGAAGAUGACCCGCAAGCAGCGCAAGGAACGCAAGAACCGUAUGAAGAAGGUGCGCGGUACCAAGAAGGCCAAGGUUGGACAGGCCGUCAAGAAGUAAAUAUGCGGUGCUGCAUUUAUUCUUUUCUGGCCUGGGGGUGUUUUCUACUUUGGGUGGGAACUGUUAAUUCCAUCGAACGAGAAAUCAAUAUACUUUAUGGUUUAAGAUAGAUAAGAA